CUGAGCUCUCCUGGACGGUGACUCGAUGGAUGUGGAACGCUUAUCAGAUGGCAUUAGGAUAAUCCUAUUGCUAAUUGGUGCCAGAUACAAUAGUACUCUGCGUGUUGGCGCGUCAUUUCACAUCCUUUGGAGCCGCUAGACCCUUGAUUAUCGAGAAGUGAAGUGAGGUGUGUCUGUCGAUGGGCUCAUAUUACAUCUACUUAAGCUCACGCCCCUUUUCUAUCCGGAGUCAGCGGGCAGCGUAACUUUCAUCUUUCAUAUUGAGAAUCCUCAGCACAAUGGUUCCCGCAACUUCCGACUCUGUCCCACACCCCCUGGACCCGCUGGUCCUGGAAGAGAUCCAGUCAGCCAUCGGCAUUGUCAAGAAAGCACACGGAGAUGAGGUCUUCUUUAAUGUUGUCUCCCUCCACGAGCCGCGCAAGGCGGAGAUGACAAAAUGGCUAGCGGAUUCCGUCAAUGUCCCGCGGCCAGCAAGGAUCGCAGAUGUCGUUGUCAUCGCGCCGGGUGGCAAGGUAUACGAUGGUCUUGUAGACCUCGCGGCUGGCAAGAUCACAAAAUGGGAGUUAUUAGAGGGACUACAACCUAUAAUUACUAUGGAAGAGCUGAAGACCGUUGAGCAUGUCUGCCGGAAAGACCCCAAGGUCAUCGAGCAAUGUGAAAUCAGUGGCAUCCCCAAAGAAGAUAUGCACAAAGUCUACUGUGACCCAUGGACAAUUGGAUACGACGAGAGACACGGCAACAAGAUUCGACUUCAACAAGCGCUGAUGUACUACCGGCCUCACGUUGACGACUGCCAAUAUCAGUACCCCCUGGACUUCUGCCCCAUAUAUGACGCAGAAAAACAGGAGGUUAUUGAUAUUGACAUCCCCAAAGUCCGUCGCCCCUUAAGCAAGGUCGCGCCAAUCAACUACCACCCGGCUGCAGUUGAGAAAGUGGGCGGGUAUCGCAAUGAUCUGAAGCCCAUUAACGUCACUCAGCCCGAAGGCGUGUCGUUCAAGAUGAACGGGCGAGAGAUCGAGUGGCAGAACUGGAAGUUCCACAUCGGCUUCAACUACCGUGAGGGUAUCGUUCUAAACGAUAUCACCUACAACGACAAGGGCACUCCUCGCCCAAUCUUCUACCGGCUGUCCCUGGCAGAGAUGGUAGUACCAUACGGAAAUCCCGAGCACCCCCAUCAACGGAAACAUGCGUUUGAUCUCGGAGAAUACGGUGCCGGCUACAUGACCAACAGUCUUGCGCUCGGCUGCGACUGCAAGGGGUCCAUUCACUACCUAGACGCGCACUUUCCCACCAGAUCCGGAGCCGUCAACACCAUCAAGAACGCGAUAUGCAUCCACGAGGAAGACGCCGGCAUAUUAUUCAAGCACACCGACUUCAGGGACGAGUCCGUCAUCGUCACGCGUGCGCGGAAACUCAUCAUCCAGCAGAUUUUCACUGCUGCCAACUAUGAAUAUGCCAUCCAGUGGAUCUUCCAUCAAGAUGGUACCAUCCAGCCAGAGAUCAAGCUCACGGGUAUCCUAAACACGUACAGCAUGGCGCCAGAUGAGGACACCAAGGGCUGGGGAACCCAGGUGUAUCCAGGUGUCAACGCGCACAACCACCAACACCUCUUCUGCCUGCGCGUCGACGCCAACGUCGACGGGCCGAACAACACCGUCUUCAUGGCGGACGCCGUCGCCUCGGACGCGCCCGUCGGCAGCCCCGAGAACUUCUACGGCAACGCCUUCUACGCGAAGCGCACCAAGCUCGACACGACGGGCAGGUCGCGCACCGACUACAACGGCGCCACCAGCCGCACCUGGGACAUCUGCAACACCAGCAAGCUGCACCCGUACAGCAAGAAGCCCGCCAGCUACAAGUUGGUCAGCCGGGAGGUCGCGGGCUUGCUGCCGAAGGAAGGGUCGCUGGUGUGGAAGAGGGCGGGGUUCGCGAGGCAUGCGGUGCAUGUUACGAAGUACUCCGACGACCAGCUCUGGCCCGCCGGCCGCCACGUCCCCCAAACCUCGGGCGAGCCCUCCCUGGGCCUGCCGGAAUGGAUCGGCGACGGGACGGAGUCGGUGGAGGAUACGGACGUGGUGCUGUGGCACACGUUCGGCGUGACGCACAUCCCGGCGCCCGAGGACUUCCCCGUGAUGCCCGUCGAGCCCAUCACGCUGCUGCUGCGCCCGCGCAACUUCUUCGCCAACAACCCCGUCCUCGACGUGCCCCCCAGCUACGCCAGCACGCCGAGCCAGGUCGCGGCGAGCGGCGCUGGGGUGACGGAUGCGACGGAUAAGAUGAGUAAGUUGGCUUUUGCGACGAAUGGUGCUGGUGGCGGUUGCUGCGCAGCGAAGAAUGGGACGAAUGGGGUUAAUGGGCAUUAAAGGGGAGAAGAAAAGAAAAGAAAUGAAGCAAAGUUGAAGUUUGUUAUAUCUGCCUGUCUGUCUGUAUGUAUGUACCUACACAAUAACUUGGGAUAGGGGGUGAGGAGCGGAUAGUUUUGUAUAUAUUUAACGCCGUGCAAUUAUUAUGAUGACAUCAACCCAAUUCGAUUUCGAUAGCCAUCACUCACCUAGUAGUUAUACACAAGUUAUGCACGACUGUAAUCUGGG